AUGAAACCAAAUGAAAUAGAACCAUCUCACGAUCGAGAACUGGUUCUCAAAGAUCACCGGCACUCUUUCUCAGAGAUGUCUACCCGACCUGCUAUCCCGAUGUGGGACAGUGCCGACCCAGAACGAGCGCCCCCUCCACUUCCCUUGAACCCUGGUUCUGGCAGCCCCGCAACCAGACAACAACAUAUCUCCGCUUCUAUACAAGCAGUGGCCGCAACUUUAACAGAGAAGAGCAAUGAAAACGUUCCAAGCUCUUACACGAUUAAUCCAAUGCCACUGAAAUCAUCGCCAGAGAAAUCUCUGAUCAAAGGACAGUAUCACAAGCGCAUACAGUCGCUUCAACCCCCAGCCAGCAGUCGAGAGCUUACAAGCUACACGGAACGACGCUCCCCUGAGAGAAAUACCAGACGCAGUCCUUUUGAUGUGGAUGGAGAACGAUCACGAGAGAAAAGCCCCACUCGUGUAAAGACGCCAACUUCUGCUGGGAAAGAUAGUUCUAGUCUUCGUGCAUCGAUGAACCGGUAUCUCUCCAAGCCUAUCCUUGGAGAAAUCACUCCGCCGUCCGCCACAAUGCUCGCAUUGCAGAACAUGCAGCUCCCAAUCGAGAUAGAAUCUCCUACCAAAGGUUCAAGCAAAAACGUUUCUCCACGACAGCCUCAAGAAGUGGAUUCAUUGUCGGCCCAAAUUUCGAUCUUGACCACUAUCGCAACUGCCUUGCAGCAAGAAAUGGCACAGCUAAGCAGGCGCAGUAAAGAUAAUGCAACUGAUCUGGUCAGUCUCAAAGCCGCAACAAAUGCUCGGGAUGAAGAUAUACGUCGCAGCCUCAAGGAUCUCGCGACACAUUUAACUGGCAGGUUAAUCGAAAGCGAAUCUUCAAGAUCUACUGGUUCCUACCUCCAUUCAGGUGCUGGCAGCUUCAUGCUUGAUAAUAAAGCACACGAUGCAACGUCUCCUUUAUCACGGAAAAGCUACAUACUCCCCCGAAUGCAAAGCCCAAACAGUUUCGCAGCUACUAUUGAGAGGGAGUUGACUGCCUCUCCCUCCAUUUCUACAGAUGGCUCCGCAAGCAUUGCAUUGCUGGAAAAGGUUCUGCGUGAAAUGGCCACAAAGGAGGGUCAAGAGAUGCUUCUAAAGCUGAUGGAAGAACUGAAAUCCAGGCCCAGCGAACAGAAUUCCGACGGCACCAUGUCAAAAAUGCUUGAAGAAAUUCUCCACUUGGCUAAAGAAAAUUCUGGUAACCACGCCCUUGUCCGUUCGAAACUGUUUCCCGGCGACAGGCCGCCAGCUCUGGAGUAUGAUUAUGAGUCAGGUCCUUUGAGCCGAAAGGCGGAGAUGGAGACUCCCGAACGUAACAAAUCCCUUGGCUUGGAAGCCAAAAAUGGCUCCCCAAGCCAUCCUUCUGUGGUGCUUUCUGAGGAGAUAUUAAGCAUCCUCAAAAGGGUCAAAAGUAGUGUUGCAGAAGGUGGUGGUUUGACCAACGAAGUCAAGGCACUUGUACGGGAGUUAAGAGGAGAGGUUUUGGGGAUGGGAAGGGAGAUCGCGCGAAAGCUAGAAGAGGCUGACGCGCAACGGAUACAACCAGCAGAGCAUACACAAGGUGCUCGAGCGGAGGAUAUCGCACAUAUCGUGGAUUGCGCUCUAGCCGAACUGAGAGUGCACAUGGAGCAGAUCAUAAGUGAGAGCAAUCAUCACAUAUCUUCUAAAAUUUCCCGCACGAUCGAUGGCCAAGAUGUGUAUAUGACUGUCAAGAAGGCGCUUGAAGAUCACCCUCUGCCUGAGCCUGCUCCUCCCCAAGUUAUCGGAUCUGGCAUAGAAAGGGAAGAGAUCCUUGAAGCUGUUAGGGAAGCAUGGGAGUCGUACAAGCCAGAAAUAGAACUGCAAAACUUUGGACUUGAGCGCGAUGAAAUUUUGGAGUGUUUGACUGAAGGCUUAAAAGCGUACCAGCCUCAAAAAGAAUCCCUUCAGCCAGCCAUCACAUUCAAUGAAGUCCUUGAAGCCGUCCAACAAGGCCUCGAAAACUUCACUCCUCCACGAAUCGAACCUAGUGAAGCAAUUACAAAGGAGGAAAUUACCGCAACAAUUAGGGAUUGCAUGGAAAGCUUCGAGUGGCCUGUUCCUCCUGCUGUCCUUGAUAGAGAAGCCGCUAUCAAUCGCGACGACGUUUUAAAAGCUGUCAAGGAAGGCUUUGCUGCUCAAGACGGGCUGUCCAGAGAUAUUGAAUUCAACCGUGACGAUAUUACAGAAGCCGUAAGGGCUGGACUUCAUGAAGUUUCUGGGCCGUUGCACCACAACCUCAACGAUCAGGUUUUGGAACAACUUCAUUCCCUUCUAGGCGAGAUCAAGGAUGAAUUCAAACAAUAUUCUUCGGCUAACGGGAGGGAUACGGAACAAGUACUAGAUGCUGUCAAAGAUGGUCUUGAGGCUCUUAGGGGUGGAAUCGAAUCUUAUGUGGAUCGUGCGUCUGAUGUCACUAGUAAGGACGAGAUAAUUCAUUCUAUCAAGGAUGGGUUCCAUCUCCUGCAGUCUGACCUGGAAAAGUCCAUUGCUGAAGCCGUUCACGUGUCUGAUGGUGGCCACUCUAAUACCGUCGAGCUGCUUGAUGCUAUGGAAAAGGAAUUUGAACAUCUUCGGCAGACAAUGAGUAAUCUGCUGGUUCGAAAUAAUGCCUCCAGUGAUAAGGACGAGAUACUUGAUACCAUUCGCGACCUUGCAAGAAAUGAUCAUUCGAGAGAUAACAACAGCUCGGAAAUUUCUCAAAUGGUUAAAGAUGAAUUCGAGCAUCUGCGCGAAACCAUGGCACUCACUAUUAUGAAACAGAAUUCCAACUUUGAAAGGGACGAAUUAGUUGCUAUCCUCAAAGAGAGUUUUGAGGCGAUUCAAGAAGAGCAUAACAGGAGAAAGGAUGGGACUGAGAGCAUUAUUUCGAAUGCUGAGGAACUUCUCGAUGCUUUCCACGAUGGUAUUGAUAUUCUUCGAUCCGAUAUGGAGAAGAUUAUGAAUAAGCCCGGAGAUAGCGGUUCAAGUGAUGAAUUUAUCCGUUCACUAAGAGAGGGCUUAGCCAGUGUGAGGGCUGAACUUGAAAAAUUACGCCACGACCAGAGGGAGGCUGAGGAAACCCAGACUGCCCGCGGACGGGAGAUCAUGCUUGCGAGCGAAUCCUCCAUUGGCAAUGAUAUCGAAAGUCUUAAAGUUCUUGUUACACAGCUCCAGAUUAAAGUAGAAGCAAUCGAGCCCCACCAUAUUACCCCAGAAAACCCUCCAGAUCUCGUGAAGAAAGACGACCUUCUUGACAUCCUGAGUGCAAUUAAGGAAGUACAGGACUUGGUAGUUGAGGUUGCUUCUCGUGAAACUCCUCCGGCGGUGAUUGAUGAAAAUGCCGCCAAAAAGGAGGAUACCGAUGCACUUGAAACGUUGCUCAUGAACAUGAAAGCCAAGGUUGAUGAAUUGGCAGAGAGCGGUAAAUUAGAUGAACAUCCAGGUGGAAUGAUCGCGGAGCGAGUAGAUGCGUUGGAGGCACUCGCCAAAGAGACAAAAUGCAUCCUUGACGAUUUUGCCGCUCAUGUGGAAACAGAAGGUGCAUCGAAAUCUGACAUAGCGAAUCUUGAAACCGUCGUCAAGGAUAUCUGGGUUGUGGUGGAGGACCUGAAAACAAACUCCACACCACCAGUAGAAGACACCUCAGAGAAAGUUCUCAAGGAAGAUGUGCGAACUCUUGAGAUGAUGCUGCUUGAAAUCAAAUCUCAACUUGAGGAUUUUGUUCUCCCCGAUGUGGAAACCCUUCCGACUAAAGAUGACAUCGGUGCCAUCUGCCAUAUGGUAACAGAGUUUAGAGAAAAAAUUGAGGUGGAAAAUGACCUUACAGCUCAGGCGUUUGAGUCCCGAAAAAUCGAACAUGGGGGACUAGCAGAAAAAAUCGAGCAAGCGAAGGAGCUGAUCAAUGAUCUGAAGGAGGAACUUAAGGGCAAGCUUACAACCAGCAAUGAAGGUCUGGCAGACAUGAAAACGAUUCUAGAAGCUUUAAGUGACUUGUCAGAAUCAUUCGCUACCGCUGAAAGCCUUAAGGAGCUUAGUGACCUGAUCACUCGCGAAUUCGAACGAUCCCAUGGCGACAGCGAGGCUGAGAAAAUUGAAAUGGCGGAACGAGAGACCACCAUGUCUACAAAACAGGAAGAGGCUCGAGCAGCAAUCGUGUUGGGCCUCUGUGCGAAAAUGGACGAGAAAUUUAGCGAGGUUUUGGCCAAGUAUGAAGAUGCGCAGAUGCUGGUGGAUUCGAAAUUUACGGCUAUUGAAGAGCGUGAUGUCGAAGCCUUAGACACCUUAACAAGCACGAAAAACAUUGCUGAAGAUCUCAAGCUCGUAAUUGGUGGAAUGGGUGAUAGCGUAACCCAAGCUUGCGAGAGGAUGAGCGAUGAUGCAAAAACUUUUUUCGAUCGUGUUGAUCAAUCUUUCUUCAAGGUCGACAACCUCCGUGCCGACGUCCAGUCACAGCAUGACCAUCUUAAGGGCGAAUUUGUACGAGCAAUCGAGGCAACAGACCGACUGCAAAACCAACUCAUCAACUCGCAUCCUGAAAUCCUAAGUACUAUCAAGGAUAUCUUGUCGAUUGUCGGCAAGCACUACGAGUAUUCUCAAAAGACUAGCGAGGAACUGAAGUUGAAUGUUUCAGCUAUUCCCUCAGCCAUUCCUCCCUUGUUACCUGCCCUGCCACCCCCUCACCCUCCGGCAGAGCCUCGGGAAAUCGCUGUGCCUGAAAAAUAUGACGACUCACAGGUCCAUGACAAACUUAACUCCCUUCUUAAUCAUGCUUCUGCCACGAGCAUAUCAGUGUCUCAGAUUGACAAGUUGAACCAGAUUCAAGACCAGAUAGCCUCUACCGCGAAUGAAUUGCGCGAAAUGAUGGUGGCCCAGUCGGCUCAAGUGGCCGAAACUGGUGCAAGCAAGGAGAAAGAGGCGCAAGAAGUAACCAUUGCGCUUGAGAAAAGGCUCGCUCAAAAGGGGAAGGUAGAGGCAGAGAUUGUUGGACUGAAUGAAGAAAAGGAGUCUCUUUCUCGCAUGGUCAAGGAGCUGAAAGAGGAGAAGGAAGCGCUUAACAAACAAAAUAUCAAGCUCCACAAGGAAGUGUCGGGACUAGAGACAGCGUUGUACAUCCGAAGGGAAGAAAUGCAGCACAUGGAAGAACGUGCAGAGGGGCUGGAACGGAGGAUUGUUGAAGGGGUUCUCGACCAUGCGAGGAGCUUGCUGAUUAGUCGAUCUGGCAGCGCCCAGGCUAUGAGUCUAAGGAGAGUUCCCAGUUCUGCUAGCACAGUAACCCGUGGGAGUACCGUAAGUGCUUCUAAAGAAAGCAGUAUCCUCAGCAAUGGUGUCGGGAUGGCUCUCAAACGACGACAAACUCCUUUGAAAUCCAAAGCAGGAUCCAUAGUAUUUUCAAACACGCAGAAAGAGCGAAGGAUUCUCAGCCUCAGCAACGUCACUGGGAAGCGAGAAUUAGCAGACCGACAAUUUCUCCCAGCAGCAAGUAGAGGACUAACCAGCUUGAAGCGCAGCCACUCCGUCAAGUCAAACUACCCCAUCCGCAAACCUUCAUGGGACACCCGGAGCUCGAAUGCGAAUAAAGAGAACGAGGUGGUCAAGGAGGAAGAUGAAGAGGGUGAGGAAAUCAGCGGGGACGAGAAUGACACUGGAACAGAGAGGAGGACAAGUUACGCUGGAACAUAUACAGAUAGCAUGUCCUAUGGCACAGGGAGUACAAUAUCUGCCAAUCGACAAUCGAGCUAUUGUAGCUCCACCAACGCCCUGGUGGCCGCCGAGCCAGGGACUUGGACCGAAGAAAGUGAAAGCGGGAGUGAAGGUGAACAGAGCCAGGACGAAGAGGUGGACGGGCUACGGGGGAUAGAUAGCAAGAGCAACGCAAGCGCGGAACUCACAGAAGCCCGUGACGACGAGAGCUACGUGAACCCCAGUGAAAUGGUUUUGUUUGCACCACAUAGCGAUAGUGGUCUGGGGACGGAUAUACGCAGCGCAAGGAGCGAAAAGGUGUUUGGAAUUUGUCAGGAGUCGGUCGCUUGCGAUUAG